AUGGCCAGCUUGGUGAGCAAUAACUUAUGGAGACACGGUUCAGAAGGGUCCAAUACCUACGGUAGUUGCCAUCCCAUGAAAUUAGGCUCUGGUGUGCUGGUAGAAUUGCCCUUUUUUGGAGAUUCUGCACUAUUUGCAGAUGAUAUAACAUUCCGAAGUUAUUGUUGUGAAACUGUCCCCGUUUACAUAUCUACGGCAUUGAAAACCACAUCCCCCUAUCGGUACCUUGAUGAAGUGAUUAAAGAUUGGCAAACUUUCAUCCAAGUAGGUGAUUAUGUUGGCGGUUCUUCUCAGUACGCAAUUUAUGCCGUGAUUUUGUGCAUAACGUCCAACUUUGUCAUUACUGUGUUUCUUACUGUGAUUUGCUGUAUCAAUAUCAGUGGACGUGCUUAUAAGAGAAUCUUACAAUUAUUAAGGAUUGCCUCGUUCAUAGCCUCGCUAAACUUGACAAUCUUUAUCGUCAAAGUACUGCGUAAAUUAGAAAAUGAGCAUAACCAAUACGGCAUUGUUCGGGCUCAUUCCAUUAUUCAUUUAUUCUCAGACGAUAUGACAUUCGUUGUUCUGGAUUUUUUUGCUACUUUAAUGUUCCAAUUUUGUCAGGUUGGUAUAGUCAUUAGGUUAUUCCAAAGAGCUCAGGAAAAGAGAAUUAUUUUUUUUGUUGGCGUGGUCCUAGUAAUGACUGCAAAUAUUUUAUGGGUGAUUCCGCCGUUUUCCAACCAUGUGAAAGGACAUAAAAAAAACUGGCAAAUUCUGCGACCCUUUGUUUAUCUAUUCCGCAUAGCUAUUGCGACGUCAUACGCAUCAAUCGUCAUCUACCAUAUUUGGCAGAAGAAAAAGUUAUGGUUUAAACUUAAUCAAAUGGGGCUGCUUACGUUAUUGACAUUCAUCGUGUUGCUUUUAUUGCCAGGGUUCUUUCUUGCUGAUGUAGCAAACUUAUGGAUAUCCGAUUUGGGCGACGUGUUCAACACUACGUGUUAUGUCACUUCAACAGUGAUAACCUGGGAAUGGUUGGAUAGGUUGAACGUUUUGGAAAGGAAAGAAGAAGCGCAAAGCAUCUUGGGGAGGCCCAUUUUUGAAGAGGAACAGCAAGAUUAUAGAUUUGCAAAAUAUGCCUUGAGGGUUCAAAACGCAUUAACGAGAAGAGAAUCUCAUGAAACAUUAAAUAGAAAUGACACAUCGAAUAGUUCUGAGAUAUGCGAUUUGCAAACCAUAUCUCGCUAUGACCCAGAGGAUCAGGUAUCCGAAGGUAGGAGUAUCGACCAAAUACAUUUUAACGAUAAAGGAACCUAUAAGGAACUGGCAUUCAAGAAAUUGAGUAGUGCUCGCGACAAGAUUUUAUAUUUUACAGACCAAAUUGUCCAGAAAAGUGUAGGUCACAACAAUAACAGCAGUAGCUCAAAAAAUGAGGACACCAAACGGCGAAAGGCGAUGGUAAGAAAACGGUUAGGGCUGGACAGACCUGGUGUAUACAUUUACUCGACAAAAGAAGUGGUUUUCAAUUCAGACCAAGACUACGAAGACGAAGACGAAGACGAAGACGAGGAUGAAGACGAGGAUGAAGACGACAACCAAGAUAAUGACGGCAACUCUACAACUUUGACCAGUAACGGUACUAGCCAUUGUUGA